CGCGUUUUGUACUCGCCGAUUCAGCGCGAAUGUAAUUUUCAUCACUAUUUCUUUUUCUUAUUUUUCUUGAGCUUGCUCCGGCAGAUCAGGACCGGACUCUUUUAGUACGUCGGGCGCAGCGAACUGGUACCGGGUGCCCAAAUUUUCGGGCGAUGCCGUUCCUAGGCCUACCCGUAUCGUAAAGUGCGGCCGUCUGCGCAUCCCGUGGUCUCCGCUACACUUCCAUAAGUCUCAAAUGCUAUAUGAUUUUUUUUCUGCAAGUGCGAAGUAUGUUUAUCUAAAAGAAGCCAACAAUAUUCUGACGUCUUUGAUCCAUUACUUCAGCUUUUGCGACAAUUCUACGCUGUAGUAGCUUCAACGCGUCUAAGUGAGCGUUCUCCGAUGAAGAUUCGCGAAGUUAUUUCAUCGAGAUAAGCCGACGCACUGAUCGUAUCGGACUGAUACCCGCAUUCCUCGCGCAAGAUAUCAUCAAUACGUGACCUUUACGAUCAACCCUUGCCCUUGGAUUGCUCUAGCUCGCUGAAGUUUACCCGGUCACGCGUUGCUGGCUCUUCCGGCCUUGAUGACGUCGAGAAGACGUUGCCACAAUGGACUUCCGUUUUGACAAGUCGAGAAACAAGGACGCGUACGACGACUCCAGCUUGACGCGACGUUUCGACGAGAGAUGUGAUUCGACCGGUUGCCUCCUCCCGGGAUUCUACGAUGCGCUUCGGCAUCGGCGUCGCGUCGAAUUAACACUUGUGCCGUGCUGGUGAUCGUCCUGAAACGGCAACAACUUCGACUGUUGUUUUAUCGUCUCGACCUUUCGCGCCUGAAAUUCUACCGUUGUCGUCUGCUUCGGGAACGUCGCAGACGACGUUGGUACCUUGUGUGGAUCGCGCGAUCCCUGUCGACAUUCCGGGGUAACAUCGAGACUUGAUUUCAUUCAAGAUGUCUUCUGCCACUACGUCCAAGAAUGGUGACCGGAGCGAGCAGGCGGGCAGCUCGGGCGCUGAAAGCAACGAGCGCCAAGUGCCGCCUUGCGCCGAAGAGAGCUGCCGACCAGCGGCUAGACCCAGCCUAGUGCAGGAGCUGGCCGCCCGCACGGGCUGCGCGGUUUCGGCCAGCGGUUCCGAGUCCGGCGUUUCGCCUUCGUCCAGCAUGGGCGACGUGCCGCCGUUCGCCCCGGCACCGUCACCCGCGGGCUCGGCUCCACCGUGCUCCUCGUACCUACUCCAGCAGCUGGCCUCGAGCUGCUCCUUCCCGAACUCUCUGGACGGCGUCCAGAGCACAUGUCACAGCUCUCCCUGCGGUGGACCGGCGUCCUCGAUGCAGCUACGAUCGUCGCCUUCCGCCGCAGCUUCCUUCUUUGCCAGGGCGGCACAGAGGCUGAACCUGUCCUCCAAGAGACGUCGCCGUCAUGGCGGGGGCUCUGCGGCGGCCGACGGUUCACAGUCGGCCGCGGAUGGUCCGGUGUUCGUAACCCGCUACGCAGAGCUCCUCCGGGACUCGCCCCCUGCCGUGCCGCCAGCCUUGCUCAGGGGUCUCAGCCGCAAGGACACCGGCCUUGGAAAGGUUAAAGUGAUGCUGCGAGUGUGUCCUGCUGCUGUAAGCGGGGGCGAGUCUUCGUCGUCCUGUUCGACGCCAUCGCACUCUCCGGCACACGAACCCGGAACCUCGGUCGGUGGUGCCUCAAGCUUUCUGCAACUGGACUCGCGCAAGAAACAGGUAACGCUGUACGACCCAACAUCAAGCGGCAGCUGCGGCGGCAGUGCAGACAGGGCGUCCUCUGGUGACGAGGCUACCACUCCGAGCUCGCCAUCGUCCGCACCUGCCCGACUUACGGGUGUUGCCGCGCCUAAGAUGUUCGCCUUCGACGCCGUCUUUUCGCAGGACGCUACACAGGCGGAGGUGUGCUCCAGCGCCCUGACCGAGCUCGUUCAGGCUGUCGUGAACGGAACGGACGCCUGCCUCUUCGUCUACGGACCAGCCGGACUCGGCAAGACCUGGACGAUGCUGGGCAGCGGUUCGAGCCAGGAGCUGGGAGCCAUCCCGUGCGCGGUGUCCUGGCUCUUCCGGCUCAUCGACGAACACAAGCAGCGCACGGGAGCCCGUUUCUCGGUGCGCGUCUCGGCCGUACAGGUGGCCGGUCGCUCGGAACACCUGAGAGACCUGCUCGCCGAACAGGCCAAUGGCACCGAGGGUUCGGGCACUGCCCCUGGUCUGUACCUGAGGGACGACCCCAUCCUGGGUACCAAGCUGAUGAACUACAGUGAGCUACGCGCUCCGACGGCCGAGAAAGCAGCCUUCCUGCUGGACGCUGCCGUGGCCGCUGCGGCGGCAGCCAAUCAGAGGUCCGAGUCCGAGAGCCGGAACCGUCACUUUCUGUUCACGCUGCACGUCUACCAGUACCGGGUGGACAAGAGCGGCCGAGGGGGAGUGGCCGGAGGACGCAGCCGGUUGCACCUAUUCGACCUGGGCAGUUGCGAGCGAGGAACGAAGGCUGGCGGGCCGCUCAGCCUCUCCGCCCUGGGCAACGUCAUCCUGGCGCUAUUCAACGCACAGAAGAGGCUACCCUUCCGAGAGUCCAAGGUGACGCAGCUGCUGAAGGAGGCCCUGGGAAGCGUCACUUGCCGUGCCGCCAUGAUAGCCCACGUGUCUCCGCUGUCGGCCAACUACGCCGAGACGCUGGCCACGAUACAGUUGGCGUCCAGGGUUCACCGCAUGAGACGCAAGAAACUAAAGUACGGAUCAACGAUGACGAGCGCCGCGGCAGACGGCGUCGAAGGCGUCUGCCGACCUUUCAUGCGGACCCAGGCGUUGAACGAGGAAGGCUCGGGCCCGCGGUCCGGCAGCUCGGACCCGGAGUACACGUCCAGCAGCGAGCAGUCGUGCGACACGGUCAUCUACGUGGGCCGACACCAGGACUUCACGGACAACGAGGGCCCGCCGCCGGCGCUCGAGACGGUGCUCUCGGCGCCCACGCCUCAGAACUCGCCCGCCCGGACGGUGACGUCAAAGCCUGCCGAGUCCCCGGCGCGACACGGCGGAAGCAGCAGUGCCUUAGGACCGGCGGUCGUCACCAGGCCGGAGGCGUCCGCGUCAUCAAAGUGCGGCGCAGCCAAUCGCGACGCCUGCUCGUCCCCCAGCGCCGCUGAGAGCCACGGCAAGGCGCAUCACACGCUGAAGAAGAGCCACCGCGGCGGUGGUGGCUCCGCCGCCGCCUCCACCAAGGAUCCACCUGUGACGUCAGCUGCGACAGCGAGCCACGACGCCGCCGGUGGCGCUCGGCGCGCUAGCGACGAGCUCUGGAUCGACGGUCCUCGCUUCUCGAAGCCGCGCUUCGACUCACGCACCCUGGACCAACUGCAGAAAGAGCAGUGGGUGGACGGGCCCGCUGUGGCGGCCGCCGUGUACGGCUACAUGGACGACCACAAGAAGAACAUGGUCGAGCGCUGGGUGCAGGAGCACUCGCGAUUUGCGCAGGGACACAAGGGCUCCAAGAAGCACCGGCCAGCAUCGGCCAACAGAAACGAGACCGAGCCAAGUCCCAAGUCCACGCCAGAGCACAGAAAGACGAGGACGCACCACGAGCACCACUCGAAGAGGAGGAGCUCGCCAGAAAGGCUUCACGUGAAUGGUGGAUGCGCCAGGGAACAACACCACGAGCGGAAGACCGCGCACGACGCUUUCUCUUCGGAACAGCUGCAGCACGCCCCGAAGUCGGCCAAGUGCGCUCCCAGCAAGAAAGACCAAGGCCAGAACACCUCGGCAACGACGACGGCGACGACGACGACGCGCGAAGAGGUCGCCCCUUGCCAAGACAUCCACAUGACGCCAGCCGAAGAGGAACAGCCGGAAUCGCCCGUGCAGAUGCAGGACUGCUGCUUGCAGGUCACCGAGGAAGACAUCCUCGCCGCGACGUCCGGCUGGCCCGCGGCGAACGACGAGAACCCGCUGCCCGAGGUGGACCAGGGAAGCAGCAAGAACGGGGCCGGCAGCGGGAGUCAGGGGAGUCAUCCGCUCCGCGUCCUGAGCGACGACGGCCUGAACCUGCCCUCUUCCUUCACGGACUCGAGGUCCGUAAGCGUGGACCUGAACCACGUCGUCGGCGACGACGCCGAGAUACUGGGACACGUUUACGGGGGCCUGACCUGGAAGCUCCUGCAGGGCACCCUGCUCCAACGUCGCCGCGAGCGGCACCAGAGGCUCUACGGGGACGACUUGAGCGUCGGCGUCAAGGGAGACGUGCUCACCGAGAAGCUGGAGCGCAUCGCCAGGCUUCGAAAGUUGACGUCGCCGUACUUCGAUAACAACAACGAGCGGAUACCGUCCCUGCUCAUAAUGCGCAGUGGCACCUCCAGCCCGACAGGAGGGCGGUACGGCAGCCUGCCCAACCGCAAGCAGCGCAAGGACCUGCUCGACGACCACGACGGUUCCACCGACGACGGCAGCAACAGCGACUGCGCGGACGUCACGAGUACCAAAAGCGAACCGGCCGACCUUGACGCCGCGGACAGGUACGACAUUCAGAGGCUCAACAUCAAGCCCAUGAACGGCCUCAAGUUGGAGGCCUUCUACAACCGCAUCCAGAAGUCAAACUCAUCCCUCGCCGAGAGCCAGGACCUGUCGCCGCCCAAGCUGUCGCCCCAAGGCGACACCCUUUUCCAGUCGUACUCGGAAAAGCUCGAUCUCCUGGCCAAGGACUUCGGCGUGUUUCCGGGCGUGCACGAUCCUCCCGUAAUAGACGUCCAACCUCACAGACUGUUCCCGUUGCUGAACGCGAACAGCGAGCCUGACGGGCUCCCGGCCAAUCAGAGAGUUCCUCCUCAAGGCACAGAAGCGCCACCAACAGAUACCUCCCCUCCUGAGGCUUCGGGGGACUGUGCUUCGCCGGCUGCCUGCUCCUUCGCCAGGCAGCCAAGGCGGCUAAGCAGCGGAGGACCGAGCGAAGAUGUCGCCGCCAGGUUGGCGCAGAACGGGGACCACGCGGAGAAGUCCACCUCUAAGCCUAACAGGGUACUCGCCAAUGGCACUCGAACGGCUUCCUCGACGCAGCAGCACGUCAAACAGGAACAACACUCGUCACCCAAGAGAGCGGUCGCGUCGGGCUCGAAACCGCAGCGCAGACUCAGCUCCGGAACCGUUCCGGUGCCGGGAACGGCCGUCACCCUGGCGCACAAGAUUCACAUGUCGCCGUCGCGAGCGGCCGCCAGCCCGACGAACAGCGCUUGCGGAACGCUCGCGAGCUGUUGCAGCCCGACUAGGAGUCGAGCGAGCGCCAAGAACGGCCGCACUCCGAUAGCACCCGCGACACCAGCGACCGUCAUCACCAAGGCACCGUGCAGCAAUGGCAAGCAUUGUGACCCUACAAGGCUCCCCAAGAAGCCGCCUCACGGUAGCAAACUGUCCCCAGUGGGAACCACAACCGCCACCGACGGCGGCGACGCCACGAGCGCCGCGAACAACCCGCUCUGCCGGAGCGUGUCGACGCCUACGACUCCGUGUAGCGCGAUAGACUCAAAGUCGGCGAUCCAGAGGGCGGAGACGGUGGACUCGGGCGUGCUGCCGUCACCGUACGCCACGGUGACGCAGGCGAGGCCCACUAUACGCAAGUCUAGCAGCGGUCAUGGCAGCAGCGACUCGAGCAGCUUCAAGGGUGUCAUGAAGACGGUUCAGGUGGUGCAGUGCUCGGGAACGAGCAGCGGGUACGAGAGCAUCAUCCUGCGUGACAGCACUCCAGCCUCCAGCCAGGACUCGGGCAGCGAGCGAGGCAACAAGGAGGCGCGAGGCCGCAAGGGUUCCCGCAAGGUGGCGCAAGUGCAGGCGGAGGGGUCGGCGGCAGGAGCCGAUCGGCGCCGGGCCGGAGCCCACCCGAGAGCCCAACCGUACGAAGGCGACAGCACAUGCCGGGACUCGGCAGGCACGUGCAGCGCUGGCACCAGCAGCACGGACACGAUCUGCGCGGGGGACAGCCCGAAGACGAAGUGGGCUGUGCUGGCCUUUUGUGCUGCAGGCUUCUGGACUUCUACUAGGCGACACAGCAGAGCCACCUCGUUGCGGACAGAGUGAACCUGCCUAUGUGUGUGUUUAUGGUGCGUUGGGGUGUGCGCGGAAAAACUCUUACACCUCGAGCAACCUUGUACUGAGACUAGCUUUUAUUUCUUAAGUUGCUUUUCGAAAAGCAACUUGUUUACAACGGUACACAAGCGCUGUGGUGCGUGUGAGCCUGACUGGUGACUUUCGACAACAAUAACGGAUAGUUGUUGACGUAACCGAGACGUGGCAGAACAUAAGUGCACUAGCGCCUCUAACAAGAGCAGCACCGCUGGUGGCGACAUCGUGUAGCACUGCGAUCAGUCUGAAUGCGUUAUUAUAGCCUCAGAGACCGGGACGGUCCGCGCAUAUCUACGAGAUUACGACGUUAUAAACCUUAGGUGCGUCGCGUCGUUCUAUCAAAAAACAAAUGACAGUCAAAUAUGUCUUCGCCAAAAUAUCGUUGCUGCUGCUGACGCCACUAUGUCAUCCCGCAGGUAGAAUGAAUGCGGUGAGUCAUUGCAAUAACGCUUAAAUGCUUCACGAUUUUCCUAAAUUAAGACACGGUGCCGUGAGGUGUCGCCAGAAGCGUUGCUUCUCAAGUGUACAUUUUUCCGGCGAGGUCAGAAUUUUUCGUGAGAGACACGGGACAUUGACGUGCUACAUUGUCAUCGUGUAGAAAGAAAAAGGACUAAGAGGGAGCGUCACGUGAUUCCGCUAGCCUCAGCAAGUCCUCUGACCUUGUCCCGCCCGGUCUCCAGGGCCCAGUGCACGGUGCCUCCUAAGUGGGAUUAGGACUUCGCAGCGCCUGCAGCAGACGCAACCAAAGUGACCCGGCCAAUAGUAGCCCUGGCCUAUCACGUCACUAAGGCCCAUUUCUCCCUCAAUUCAUUUUAUGACAAGAACAAGAUUGUCACGUGAUGCUCUCUCCUACUGUUUUUUUUUUCCUUCAUCCAUGAUCAUCAGGCAUCAAGCUGUACAUUGCUGCUUAGCAAAACUCGUUGCUUGGCUAGCUGGUACAUUAAUUUAGAUAAACCAGACGCUGAACCACCACUCUUUCUUCUAUCUUCUGGUAGUGGUUCGGCGUCUAGUUUAUUCAGAACAUCGCUGCCUGCUCUCAGCCAAAACGAUCGUCGCACAACCAGCACAGUGGAUAUACUUUCGCAGAUCGAGCUUCUGAAAGCAGUAAGGAAGUUUCAUUAAACUAAAGAAAGAAUGUGUUUUAACAGCGGACCUGUUAGGGGCUAGCCAUGUCCGUGGAACGUCCCUGGUCGUCACGCAGAGCCAUUUGACCCCACAGGCUCCCCGCUGGGUCACGUGGCCUUGCGGUGUGGCGAGAGAGAGGCUAGGUAGGAAGGUGAAAGGGCUGCACCUCGCCGAGAGAGAGAGGCUCGUUCUGAGGGGUAGAAGGUGAGGAGCGUCGUUGUACGCUCUCUCGUAUGGGGAGGUGUACAUGCAACGACGCCUCAUUCUUUUAAGAUUAGUCAAUAGUGUGUAACGUGCAAAGUUGGCUGGCAAUCCUGAAGGCCGUUACACACGGAUAUGCGGGACCUGAGUGUGCUAAUCAAGCGUGUAGCUUAUUACUAAUGCACAGAAACCGAAAUUCCAGGGGGAGAUGCCGCCCCCCCCCUCCCCCGUGCCCCCUCCUGAGCGACCGUGUCUACAGCCGUGUUGUAUUUGAGAAAGGGCUCUUUCAAGAUAAGGUGCCCUAAGCGAAGCUAUCGCUUUUACAAAAGUGUAUUUGGUAGAACAGACGUGACAGGACCUGGGAUGAAUGACUAUCGGUUUAACUACGAAUGCGUGCGUAAUACAUAGCGACAAGUAUUGAAAUGUAAGUCAAGGUGACAAAGUAUGUCAGUUCUAGACGAGCCAUUGCAGCUAAUUCCUUCGUGAUUUUGUUCAAAGAGGAAGCAUGGAUCCCUAGAUCGUCGUGAUUCUGUUUUUAUUGACGUUGGCAAUUAGGACCGGGCACUAACAUUAUUUCUGAAAUCAGAGUAGCAUAUGGACGUCCUCAGCCUUAAGCACCUCUCAAUGAAAAGAACAGAGGAGUCAAACAACUUUGCUUGCCUGCUACCAAGGACGCUCCCGCAUGUGCUAAUUAGUUGACGGAAAUUUAAACCCACGAACAACAAUUGCGUCACAAGUUUCAUCCUGUAUAUAUCCACAAGAGAACAGUAUUGCUCGCAUUUUCUUAUCUCCCUAGCAGCUGCUUUCCAUUACAGGCCACGGCUCCUUAUAUCCAGUUCAUUACAACAAAAGCCAUAACUUAGCAGGAGUAAACGUGUACGAUUCCUAACAGAAGCUUUUGUUUGUUGUUGUUGUUCGUUUGCCAUCCUGUUACGUAGGAGGUGUCAGAUGCUGUGGGCAAACAAAAACUUGUAACAUCACGAUUUGUUGCUGUGUCUGAUUACUUGGAACUUAUUACCGUAUAACGAGAAGUCGACACAGCGUGAAGUACGAACGCGCGUCAUGGGCGUCGGCAGGAUUUUGUCUUCGCGGGUGCGAACCAGCGUUGCAUCGUGGUGCAACGCUGGUUUGCACCAUGAUGG